GCCGUCUCAAGGUCCCAAAACUUGCCGUUUCUCGACGUACGAUCCGGCCGAAGCCUUUCCGUCGGUCUUUCUAUCCGCGAGCUCGUCGGAUGUGUAACAGGUAUGGUAUAUGUGAGGUAAGUUGUGCUUUCAAUCGUUUUCUUGUCAUUUUGAGCAGGCUUAGCCAGCUUGUAUUGCAUCUUUGAGCCUCAGCCCACCCUCGAACGGCGGUCCUGAUUUCGUUAUCCUCUAGAGGUGGUUGAGAAGAGAGCUCCUCUUCCAAAGUACUUUCAAAACAAGUGAAAAAGUGCGGGAGAGAGAAGGAAGAACAAGGGAAAAAGGGAAAAGGGAAGAGUGGAAGAAGAAGGAGUAAAUAAAUACAGAGGUGGAAAAACCCAAACAAGUUACCGGUUUGUUGCAAGCGCUUGUCUCAGAAACUCCACACUAUUUGAGUUCACAGAGCCGCAGCUUCAAGUUGAAGCCAUAAAAUCCAAUAUGACCACUGAAUAUAUCUCCUCCUCCCAAGUCAAUGACUAUGACUAUGUCAUUGUUGGCGGAGGCACAGCUGGCUGUGUCAUUGCAAGCAGACUGUCUGAAUACUUGCCACAGAAGAAAAUUCUUAUGAUAGAGGCUGGGCCAAGCGACUUUAACAAUGACCGAGUUCUGAAGCUCAGUCAAUGGCUUACACUUCUUGGGGGCGAUUUGGACUAUGAUUAUGGGACCACAGAACAGCCAAAUGGCAACUCAUAUAUCAGACACUCUAGAGCAAAAGUGCUAGGAGGCUGCUCGUCUCAUAACACUCUAAUCUCUUUCCGCCCCUUCGAGUAUGAUUGCCAACUAUGGGAAAGUCUGGGUUGCAAAGGCUGGGAUUUCAAGACUAUGAUGCGUCUCAUAGACAAUCUCCGUAACCAGAUUCAACCUGUCCACCCACGGCAUCGCAACCAAGUCUGCAAAGAUUGGAUUGAAUCCUGUUCCACGGCCCUUGAUAUCCCAAUCAUCAAGGACUUUAAUCAGGAGAUUAAAGAAACGGGCAGUCUUCAACAAGGAGUAGGAUUCUUCUCCAUAUCCUAUAACCCGGAAGAUGGCCGUCGAAGCUCUGCUUCCGUUGCAUACAUCCAUCCCAUCCUCCGUGGGGAGGAGAAGCGUCCUAACCUCACGAUCCUCACCAGUGCUUGGGUUAGCAAGAUCAACGUUGCAUCCAAGACCGUGAAGAGCGUAGAUGUAACUCUCAAAUCUGGGGAGAAGCUCACCGUUACCCCCAAAACCGAAACCAUUCUCUGCGGCGGUGCGGUAGAUACCUGCCGACUUAUGCUUCUUUCUGGGAUAGGCCCCAAAAAACAACUUUCCGAUCUCGGUAUUCCCGUGAUCCACGACCUCCCAGGGGUGGGCGAGAACCUCGUCGACCACCCUGAGUCUAUCAUCAUGUGGGAGCUCAACGCGCCCAUCCCACCUCAAACCACGAUGGACUCAGACGCUGGGAUAUUCCUUCGCCGAGAAAUCAAAGACGCCGCCGUCACCAACGACGAUCCGUUCCUCAACCCCAAGAAGAUCCCCGAUGGCACCAUUGCAGAUAUCAUGAUGCAUUGCUACCAGAUCCCAUUCUGCGUAAACACCGCCCGCUUGGGAUACGACGUGCCGCUCAAUGCAUUCUGCAUGACGCCCAACAUUCCUCGCCCGCGCUCACGUGGCCGCAUCUAUCUCACCAGCAAAGACCCGAACGUCAAGCCCGCUCUCGACUUCAGAUAUUUCACCGACCCGGAAGGCUACGACGCCGCGACCAUCGUCGCGGGCCUGAAGGCCGCGCGGGAGGUAGCCGAGAAAGCCCCUUUCAAAAACUGGCUGAAGAGGGAGGUAGCUCCCGGGCCCAAGGUGCAAACUGACGAGGAACUAAGUGAGUAUGGGAGACGGGUAGCGCACACGGUUUACCACCCCGCAGGCACGACGAAGAUGGGUGCAGCGGAUGAUGAGUGGGCCGUGGUCGAUUGCGAGUUGAAAGUUAGGGGGCUAAAAGGGGUAAGAAUUGCGGACGCUGGCGUCUUCCCAACCAUGACGAGUAUAAAUCCUAUGUUGACGGUCUUGGCUAUUGGAGAGAGGGCUGCUGAAUUGAUUGCCACUGAAGCUGGGUGGAGGGGAGAUGCUCGGGCAAGGCUAUAGGGGGUGAUGGGGUUCAUGUGAUUGUCUUAUCAUUUUGUUCAAACAUUACAGUGGCGGAGUUGGCCGUGAAAUUGAAAAGCUGGACUAGAUCUUAAAAUACUGAAUAUAAAGAAUGACAGUAAGCGCUUUACCUGGCCGGCUGGCUAUGGGAAUCGGAA